AUGGUUGAUAGCAAAAAGUUAUGCAAAAAUAAAAACUAUUGCAACCACAAAUCUAUAAAUGGAAUAUUUUUUAUUGUAUAUACGAUGGUAUUGAUGUUUCCAACGCAUAGUAUCGCACUUGAAACGAUGUCUAAUAUAAUCAGGUGCUCAGAUUCGAUGACUUGCACCAAAUGUACACUCACACCAGAAUGUGUAUGGUCUCUUAUGCAACAGGAGUGUGGACACAAGAAUCAAUUUAACUCGUCGAGUUUAAUAAUACCUACAAUAUCGGAAUGUCCGCAGAUUUCGGUAGUUACAUCAUAUCGAUAUAAUGAUUUUAAAACACGCAUUCAUGUGACAAACAAUCUUAAGAUAACUAAUGAUUUGGUAGGUUUCACAUAUUAUCUCCUCAGAACUAAAAUGUAUUAUGUACUUCAAAAUACAAUUGAAAAAGAAGUUAGUAUAUAUGAUAAAACACUAAUAUGGUUUCCAUUACAAAAAGAAAAAGCAACCUUUGAUGUUGAAAUGCCAACGGUUACUUAUUUUAUGUUUAUUAAGUUUAAUAGCAUCAUGCUGCGAUUUGACAAAGUCGAGGAUCACUAUUUUACGUUUUAUAAACACGAGGAAUGUGCAACGAAUGAGGCCAAUAAAUACAAAUCCUGUGCGACAUGCGGAUGGAAUAAAAACGGUAACUCGAACUACUUAAAAUGGUGUUCUUCCGAAAACACAUGUGAAGUUAACAAAAAUUUAUACAUGAAAAACAACGCUACACAUCAGUUAAACGAAAAUGUAGCGUUCGUGACGAAUGAUUGUGCCGAAAUAAAUGUGACGGCGGUCGAUCCACUGUCUGGACCGCAAACCGGUGGAACGACCUUAACAAUCAUAGUUAAGAACCACAGGAUUUUUGCGGAGAACCGAACGUUAAAGGUAACGGUGGCAGGAACAUUAUGCACAAAUCUCAAGACUUCCGGACUCGAGACUAUAACUUGCACUACGUCACAAGUGGUUGGCGCUUUAUCCGGUCCUGUCCUGGUUGAGUACUCGUCGUUGGAAAGCGGACUGAAGAUUGAGUCGUCACAGAUAUUCCACUUUUGUCCCAAUCCCGUAUUGGACGAGGACCAACAACUUGGAGGCGUAGUGUCCGGUGGCACUUCCGUUCCGGUCCGUGGUAGUCAUUUCGUAGAACCUUGCGUUGUAUCUUCUGCCCGACUGUACGUCGACUUGGUUGACGGUGUCAGAAGGUAUGCAGAAAGUUAUUGUGAUCCACCAAUCAACGACACGUACAUGGUCUGCCGAACGCCAAGAGUGAACGGGACUUCCUGGAAUGGGAAUUCGUCGGUUGUGGGACGUCUACUGAACUUUGGACUGGAAAUAACAUUUCUUAAGGAAGACUUAUCCUUUAAUCAUUCGCUGCCAAUCGCGGUUCGCAGCUCAUCGCCUAGAUUUUACGUGCACCCCGAUCCGGUUUUUUUAGACUUCGAAAUAGACGUAAGCGGUUCAGUAGUCGUCAAUGGCCUCAACUUGGAAAAUUUCCAGCCCGAAGACAUCGUUAUACAAUCCGCGGAUUCGCCAUCCUCACUUUGUGAAGUUGUGACUGUGACACGACACAGUUGGGUGUGUGAGCCGACCAUGUCCGUCAAUGGAUCGCAAGUGGUUUCUGUCACAUUAGCCAAUUCUUCUGUGUUCACUGUGAUCAGGAGAACGUCACAUCACCCUGACGACCCAUAUAUACCUCUUGGCUGGUUUCUCGUGAUCAUAUUCACGGUGCUGGCCUUUUUCUGCGCCUUCGCUUUUUUCCUAACAAGGAAAUAUCGCUAUGCGACCAAAAAUAUUUGUAAACCACCGAAGGCAUACAUAAGAUCGCGGUCAUACACUACGAUGUAA